AUGCCUUCAGCUAUCACGAUUAGGAAAGUGGACGGCAAACCAGGCCAAGUCUACUACCCACUGGAGAAAAUCACAGCCAUCAUCAACCUCCGCGCAGCCGCCCUAAACCACCGCGACCUCGUCAUCCGCCAACACCUCUACCCAGGCACAACCUUCGGCGUCCCCCUCCUCGCCGACGGCGUCGGCAUCGUAACCUCCACAGGCAGCUCCCCCACCGCGCGCGCUUGGCUCAACAAGCGCGUCCUGUUAAACCCCGGCACAGGCUGGAAAGACAGUCCCACGGGCCCGGAACAUCCCAAAGGCUACUCCAUAAUGGGUGGUACCAAAACCAAUCCCAUCGGCACCUUACAAGACGUCUGCGCCUUACCCGUUUCCGAACUAGAAGAAUGUCCGUCACAUCUGUCUGACGCCGAGGCUGCUGCGCUACCGCUUACGGGACUGACGGCGUGGCGCGCGUUCAAGGUUAAGAGUGGGAAUGCGGUUGCUGGGGCGGAUAUCUUGGUUACGGGGAUUGGGGGUGGAGUUGCGCUUAUGGUGUUGGGGUUUGCGGUGCAGGCGGGGUGUAAUGUGUGGGUUACAAGUGGUGACGAGGCGAAAAUUGAGCGGGCGGUGAAGUUGGGGGCGAAUGGCGGGGUUGUGUAUAAAGAAAAGGGAUGGGAGGAUAAGUUGAGGGGCAUGUUACCUGAGGGGAAGAAGUGGUUGGAUGCUAUUAUUGAUGGGGCUGGGGGUGAGGUUGUUAAAGUUGGGAGUCGGUUGUUGAAGCCUGGUGGCGUUAUUUCGAUCUACGGAAUGACUAUCUCCCCCAAAAUGGACUUUCUCAUGUCGGCCGUCUUGCGCAACAUCGAAGUCAGAGGCUCGACCAUGGGCUCCCGCAAGGAAUUCGCAGAGAUGGUACAAUUCGUGCGCGAUACAAAGAUGAAACCUGUAGUCAGUCGCACUGUCCACGGGCUAGAUGUCGACAAGAUUGAUGGCCUUUUCGAGGAUAUGAAGAGUGCUAGUCAGUUUGGAAAGUUGGUUGUUACACUGGGUGGUGGUGGGGAGAGCAAGUUGUAG